AUCAAAUUAUUCUCCAAGUUUAUCCAGCACUUUUGGUCCAUGGUAUUCAAAUACAACUAAAAGCAAAAUAGUAAAAGCUUAACAUGCUUAGACCUUAACAUUAGAACCUUUAAAAUAAAUAUCUCAUAAAAAAAUCUAAAGUAGAAUAUCUGUGUCAAAAAGACGCGUAAUACCAGUUUAAUUUAAAUCAUAAACUACCUCAACUAUGGAAACAACAACAAUAGAAUAAAAAUAAAGAACUCUACCAGACCCAAUUAUCAUGAAUAUGACUAAAGAACCACUCUAUGUUAGAAGUAAUAAGAUGGUAUAAAAUAUCUUAAAGAAAUUGCAAUACUAUCGAUACAAUGA